AUGGGAGGAUGCGUCAGUAGUCAGUCUUCUGCUAGUGAAAAAAGAAAAACUAAUAAAAAUGGUCAUAGGCUUGGUGAUGUUGAUUCAAAUAAUAAAAAUAAGGGUAUACAAAAUGAUAAUGGGAAACUCCUUAAAAAACUUGAAGAAAGUCAACGACAAAAAAAUCCAAAUUAUCAAGAAUCAAGUACUAAUAAUUUACAUGUUAGUAAUCAUCCUUUAGGUUUAUUUGCAUUUUAA